AUGAAUUCUUCAUGCAUAUGCAUCCUUCAAGAAAUUCAGACUUUUCCAGAUGGAUGUCAAGAGUGCCUUCUUAAAUGGUUUCAAGUUUAUGUUGAUGAUAUUAUCUUUGGUAGUGCUAACCCCUUGUUGUGCAAGGAAUUUUCAAUGCUUAUGCAAAGCGAAUUUGAAAUGAGUAUGAUGGGAGAGCUCACUUUUUUCCUUGGACUUCAAAUCCAACAAUCUGAAGAAGGAACCUUCAUAUUCCAGACGAAAUAUACCAAGGAGCUAAUUAAGAAAUCUGGCAUGAGCAAUGCUAAAGCUAUUGGCACACCUAUGUUCCCGACAACAAAUCUUGAUAAAGAUGAAAAGGGAAAUCCCGUUGAUGAAAUAAAAUAUCAUGGAAUGAUUGGUUCUUUACUUUACCUAAUUGCUAGUCGACCAUAUAUUAUGUUCAAAAUUUGUAAAUGUGCCAGGUUUCAGUCAGCUCCUAUGGAGUCUCAUCUGACUGCAGUGACAAGGAAGACAGGAAAAGCACCAGUGGCAUGUGUCAAUUACUGGGAAAAUCCUUGA